AUGGUAUCCGAUCUUAUCAAGACUGUCUUUAUUGUACGUCAUGGCGAAAGAUUAGAUCAUAUUGAUAAAUCAUGGCAACCUGAUCCAUCUCAGGGCAUUUGGGAUCCACCUCUAACUUCAGUGGGCUUUGAACAAGCAAAAAGAACUGGUGCAACCCUACGCAAUAUGACAAAGAAACAUAAAGAGGAUGAUGAUCAAUCAGCAGCAGCAACAUAUAUUAUAAUUUAUACUUCGCCUUUCCAGCGCUGUAUCGAUACCUCUCUUGGCUUGAUAAGAGGAUUCUGUACUUCUAACAAGACAACUGAUGAUACUGAAGAGGAGUUGUCCUUCACUUUGAAAUUAGACUUGGGACUAACGGAAUGGAUGUCGGAAUCAUUAUUUGAAGAAGGAAUCGAUUGCUCAGCUUCUCAAUUCCUGACUCGUCAGCAUGAGAAAUUAGCCCGUCAACAAGCCUAUACAUACUCAGUAUCAGCUGCUAGCAGAAAUAGCAAGAAAUUUAUCACUGGAGACAUAGAUGAAUCAUUGAUACUUCCUCCUGCUCUUCAAAUCGAUUAUGCAUAUCGAAACCCUAAUUUUACUGAACUUGAAUUUCCUGAGAACUACAACGAUAUGAUCCAACGAUUUGAACAAACAAGGCGUUCAUGCUUGAAAAACGCUGCCAUUCAACAGCAAGAUCAUUAUUCUUCCAUUAAGAGUAGUACCGACAAUGUCAUUGUCAUAUUUGUCACGCAUGCUGUUGGUGUGAAUGCUCUAUUAGAUGGGUUUCGAAACCAAACAACCAUACCACUUGAAUCAAAGUAUUGCAGUAUUUCCUGUCUCCGACGCUUAUCAUCUUCAACAUCUGAUUCUACUAGUAUGCUCACGUAUACCAGUGACCAAAGUGAUGUACAAAGUGAAGACGAUGAACUGGCAGAAUAUUACGAUGAUGGUAUUGACGAUAGGAGAAAAAGACAAGGAUCGCUUGUCCAACAACAACUACAACAAUCGCCACAUGACCAGACAGCUACACCCACUAUUUCUAAAGAGAUGUGGUCCAUACAAUGCACUAUGUCGGAUUCUCAUUUGUCACACUUAACUUCAUAA